UGUAAAGCCAGUGGUGACCCUCAUUUCUUUACAUAUGAUGGUCAAAAGAUUGACUUUAUGGGAACUUGCCAGUACACUCUUUCAAGAUCAUUAAUCAAGAAUGAUGAAUGUGCCUUCAAUGUUGAGGUCAAGAAUGAAGCCCGUAAAAGAAGUAAACCAAAUGUUUCCUGGGUUCGUUCUGUCUACUUCACCAUCUACGGAGUUCGUGUCAAGCUCCAUUUGAGAAAAAAACUUUAUAUUAACGAAAAACGUGCUUACCCACCAGUCAGUUUAGCCAAUGGUCGGUUAAACAUUAUUAGAAGUGGUAAAUCAUUAGAAGCAACAACAGAAUGCGGAAUCAGAGUAAAAUUUGAUGGAGUUCACCUGGUUAAAGUAAAGGUACCUAAGAAAUAUUCUGGUAGAAUGACAGGUUUAUGUGGUGAUUGUAACGGUGUAAAGGAUGAUUUACGUUUGGCCAAUGGAACCGAUGUUACUGAUGUAGCUAAAGGUCGUUUUGAAAUGAUUGCUGUAUCACCUUCAAUUGAAUGUGCUAAGUCAACCAAAAAGGUAGUAAGCCGUGACGAUUCAUGUGGUAUGAUCAGAAAGACGGAUGGACCAUUUGCUAAAUGUAUUGAAUCACUUGGAACUGAUGUUAUGAAUUAUUUUGAUGAAUGUACAUAUGAUGCCUGUUCCUAUGAAGGAAGUCCAGAAGACAUCAAAGGAUCAGUAUGUAAAUCUUUAGAAGCUUUCGCUGCUGAUUGUGAAGAUGCUGGUAUCGUUGUCAGAUGGAGGACUGCUAAUUUCUGUCCCCUCCCAUGUGGUGAGAAUAUGAAAUACAACCCAGCAAUGUCCGGUUGCCAGGAGACCUGCAGUGGAUUACCUCCCUUAGAUCAAUGCCCUAUAGAUCUGAGUGAAGGUUGUGAGUGUGAAGAUGGAUUUGUGUUGAGCGGGGAUGGCUGUGUU